CAUGAAUUUUCUUUAACUUUAAUCUAUCAGUGUUCACUUUUUAUGAUCAUCCAGCAGCUGCUUCUUGCUUCUCGAAAUCUCUCACUCUCCGGCCCCCUUCUUCUUUUGAAUUCUCCUUUCAGAUUCUUCGUUGUUCUACAAGUCUUCUGCAGCUAGGGUAGCAAGAACUUUAUAUACAUCAGUUAAAAUAUAUCAGAAUAUAUAAACAUGAGAGACUCUUCUGCUUCGUACAUCCACUUGGUGCACCAUUUAAUCGAGGAGUGCAUCAUAUUCAACAUGAGCAAAGAGGAGUGCAUGGAAGUCCUCUCUAAGCAUGCAAACAUAAAACCCAUAAUUACCUCCACAGUGUGGAAGGAGUUAGAGAAGGAGAACAGAGAGUUCUUUAAGGCCUACACAAAGAGCAGGGAAGCAGGAUCCUCUGAGAUGGUCACAAAGCAAAGAAUCCAGAAGAUACUUUUUGAUCUUUCUCUGAGCGGCGACAACUCCACCACCACCGAUGACGACGGUGAUGGAUCUGAUGACUAGUAGUCCCCUUGAUUUUCUAUGCAGAAAAACGAUCGAUAAGACAUGGCCUUUUUGGCUUUAGUGCUUUAAGUCGCUUGGAGAUGCAAUUGUAGAUAUAGACUGUUCUGAGCUUAUGUACUUUUGUUCUUCAAUUUAUUAUGCUUCGCGUUUAAACUCUUUUAUUUAUUUAUUUAUUUUUUUAGUGUGUGAUUAGUAUUAG